AUGAAGAUCCUGAAAAAUUUCAAUGACGAUUUUGAAUUUGGGGUGGAAAGCGACAGUGAGGUGAGAGUUGCAGUUGAUGUAUUGGUGGAUAAGGCGAUUGAUAACGGGUUCCCACGCGAGCGACGAGGUAAUUUGUUGAAGAUAGCAGUGAUGUGUGACAUUUGGAGACUGAAACUCGGUGGCGACCCUCCGGCAAAGGUUCCACCGCUGUUAGUAAAGCUCAGGGAUGGUGCCAAGCCGCAGAAGUGA